GUCAUUCUUAGUUUUCUACUUGAUUAGUUCGCGUCUAUUUUAAUUUUUAGAUAACUGGUAUGUAGCUUUUUUUUGGAUAUGCAAAUGUUAGUAUAUUACUACUCCUAUACCGGAGUUUGAACCCUAAUAUUUGAACCCUUAGGUGAAACCAGUUGAGCUAUCCAACACCUUGAUAGAUGUCCUGUGCUUGUCCACUAGUUUUAGGCGCGUGCCUAUUUAUGGGGCUUGGCAGGUUUUAGGCUCGCGAUAGGCGCGUGAGCUGCGCCUAUGCGUUUGUUGGUUGUGCCUUGUACUUUACCUAUAUAAGGGGGUUAAACCUUAUUGUGAUAAAUAAGACUACACCUUUACUCCUUACACACUCCGUAACCGAGAUUUGGAUCAGGAACAAUGGCUGGGAAGGUGGCGAAGGCAGCUUACGAUGCAAAGAUGGGGAAGCUUCUUCGAGAGUACACACAAGUGUUGGUGGUUUCAUCAGACAAUGUUGGAUCAAACCAACUUCAGGGUAUAAGAAGGGCACUGCAUGAAGAUUCAGUGGUAGUGAUGGGGAAGAACUCGUUGAUGAAACGCUCUAUCAUUCAAGAAGCGGAGAAAACCGGAAACAACAACGCUUUCCUUAAUCUUGUUCCACUCCUUGUGGGUAACGUUGCAUUGAUUUUUACCAAAGGUGACUUGAGGGAAGUUAGUGAACGGAUUGCCAAGCUCAAGGUUGUUAAUCCUAUUCUCAUGUGCCCUAAGUACAGAUCAUAUGACUCAUAUAAAACUUGUUCCUAUAUGCAAUCCGGACAGUUGCCAUUGGGCCUCACAUGUUGUCACCAACAAUCUUCAGAAGCUUCUGAGCCUUUUCUUGUAAGCUCAAAAUUCUCGCCACCCCAGCACUGUUACUUGAUGCGAUCGAGACAGUUCUUGAUGACAAGCAUAUGGUCUCCUUUUCUCCUUUUGGCCGGUAACUUGUGAUGCAGAAGGAGAAUUUUGAUUUUGAUCACAUGAUUUAUAAUUUCAUUAAGCGAUGCCUAUCACAAGAUUGGUCUUUUCCCCUGGCCCUCUUUCCAUUAAAGCUUUUUAUAGUUAAGUUCUUCUUUUGUAGGAAAUAGCUGAGAAUGGAAAUGAUGUUGCUUAAUUAGGAAUUCUAUUAUAAGGGCUUCUAAUUUACUCAAACUUAUAUCCUAUGUUUAAAUAAUGAUAGGAUAUGUUUGUUAGUGGGAAUAGAUCCCCUCAUGUUUAUUUUUUCUCAAAAAUAUAUUGUUUUAAUCUA